AAUAUGAUUAAAUCCAAUAAAACUGAACAGUGUAAUUAUCUAAUACGAUUAGCUACUGAUCGUAUUGAUCACAGCUUUCCUUGUAAUCAAGAUCAGCAGUUAAUAUUUUUUACGCCGGGUGAAGAGAUAUCGACUCAACCAGACUUUCUUAAAGGUCAUGGAACUUACGUUGAUCAACAAGGUAUUCUGCGAGCAUCCGUAGCCGGUCCUUUAGAAAAAGUUAAUAAAUUAAUUUCUGUUAAGCCGUAUAAAACUCGUUACCAAGGAGAGAUUGGUGAUGUUGUUAUAGGAAGGAUUACAGAAGUGCAACGAAAACGCUGGAAAGUCGACACGAAUGCAAAAUUAGAUUCUGCCCUUUUAUUAUCCAGUGUUAAUUUACCAGGGGGAGAAUUGAGAAGAAGAUCUGUCGAAGAUGAACAGUCAAUGAGGCGUUAUUUACAAGAAGGAGACUUAAUAUGUGCCGAGGUUCAAAGUAUAUUUGCAGAUGGUUCUUUAUCAUUACAUACAAGAGUUUUGAAAUAUGGUAAAUUAUCUCAGGGUAUCAUGUUAAAAGUUUCCCCUGCCUUAAUUAAACGACAGAAGACACAUUUUCAUAAUCUAACUAACGGUGCUUGCUUAAUUUUGGGAAAUAAUGGAUAUGUAUGGAUUGGAGCAAAUUUUACAGAUGUGGAUCGAUCGGAUGGUGGUUUUACCCAAGAUUUGUCUAGAGUACGACAAGAAAAUAGAGAAGUAUGUGCUCGACUUCGUAAUUGCAUUUUAGGUCUUGCUAAAAGCAACAUUCUUUUAUCGGACACAUCAGUUACUUAUGCUUAUGAAGAAUCUAUGAAAUAUAAUAUACGAGAAUUAUUACAACCUGAAGUGCAACUUGAUGUAGCCCUAUUAACUCAUCAAAGACUUGUAUUAUAAUUUCAUUUCUUUUAAGUUUUAAAAUAUAAUGUACAGAAAGUUUUAAU